AGAAACAGCAGCUGAUAAAAGAUGCGUCACCAAUUAACAUCCGGUGACACUCUGAGGAAGACGGAAGUUGUACGUCGAAACAUGUCAGUCACAAUGCUGUCGAUCAAAUUCAACAACCUGAAUACAAAAAACAACCAGCUGCAGACCAAUUACACCAACCUGACUACAGAGAGAGACCAGUUACUGUGGGAGAAAUUUGGACUAUACAGUGUACUUCGUAGACUUGGAUGGAGAGUUUUUGGAUCAAGAAUUUACUACAUUUCUGCUGAAAGGAAGAACUGGACUGAGAGCAGACAGGACUGCACAGAGCGAGGAUCAGACCUGGUGAUCAUAAACAGCAGAGAGGAACAGGAGUUCAUCAGUAAGUUGCUGUGCUGCAGAAAUGCUCAGGUUGGUCUGAAUGACCGACCCAGAGAUGGCAUGUGGAAGUGGGUGGAUGAUACAACACUGACCACUGGGUACUGGGGACACGGAGAACCCAACAGUCGUGGAGGAAAUGAGGACUGUAUUCUAACAGGUUAUAGGACAAAUCAUUUCAAGAACUGGGCUGAUUAUCCCUGUGAUGAGUUUACUGGGAUCUGUGAGAAGACAAGCUUUAACUGAAUUGCUGUAUGUGAAUGAAAAGCAGUAAAUUGAAUUUAUAUUUUUAUCUGUGUAAGUUAGUGUGUUG